GAAGUAUACUCAAUUCAAGUGAAGGAUCAGUAUCAGGCAGAGUUGUGUUGAUGAUUAGAAUUCAGGCUCCAAGGAGAAACCCCAAGAAGUUAUCUAUUGGAUAUAACAGAAAGUGGGAGCCAUACCUGACCUGAUAUAAUGUGGACCCGAUAUAAGAUCUUAAUCUUCUCUUAUCUUGUUACAGAAAUUUGGAUGGAAAAACAGUAUGUAUCUGAAAGAGAAGUGGACCCAGGAGCUGAUUUCACUAGAAAUCUCACUGUUGUGGAAGUUACUCGAUUCAAAAGAGCCAUUUUCAAAGGGCAAUACUGUAGAAGUUUUGGUUGUUGUGAAGACAGAGAUGAUGACUGUGUCACUCAGUUCUAUGAGGCGAAUGCACUAUGUUAUUGUGAUAAAUUCUGCGAAAGGAAAAAUUCUGAUUGCUGUCCUGAUUACAAGUCAUUUUGCCAGGAUGAGAAAGAGCCUUGGCAUCCAGAAGGUUGCCUCAGAAAUGGUCAGCAUUAUAAAGAAGGAUCAGUCAUGAAAGAAAACUGCAACUCCUGCACAUGUUCAGGACAGCAAUGGCAAUGUUCCAAGCAUGUAUGCCUUAUUGAACCAGAAUUAAUUGAACAUGUCAAUAAAGGAGACUACGGAUGGACAGCCCAGAACUAUAGUCAAUUCUGGGGAAUGACUUUAGAAGAAGGUUUCAAACAUCGUCUAGGCACCUUGCCGCCCAGCCCCGUGCUUCUGAGCAUGAACGAAGUGACAGCUCCUUUACCUGCAGUAACAGAUCUUCCAGAGUUUUUUGUUGCUUCUUACAAAUGGCCUGGAUGGACUCACGGCCCAUUGGAUCAAAAAAAUUGUGCUGCAUCAUGGGCUUUUUCCACUGCAAGUGUGGCUGCUGACCGAAUAGCAAUUCAGUCUAAGGGUCGCUACACAGCCAACCUGUCUCCUCAGAAUCUGAUUUCUUGCUGUGCCAAGAACCGUCAUGGAUGCAACAGUGGAAGCAUCGAUAGGGCUUGGUGGUACCUGAGAAAACGUGGACUGGUAUCCCAUGCAUGCUAUCCAUUUUUCAAGGACCAAAAUGCUACCAAUAACGUCUGUGCCAUGGCAAGUAGGUCUGAUGGGCGGGGAAAACGGCAUGCCACCAAGCCAUGUCCCAACAACAUCGAGAAAUCUAACAGGAUCUACCAGUGUUCUCCUCCAUACAGAGUCUCUUCCAAUGAAAUUGAAAUAAUGAAAGAAAUCAUGCAUAAUGGACCAGUUCAAGCCAUAAUGCAAGUCCAUGAAGAUUUCUUCCAGUAUAAGUCAGGGAUAUAUAGACAUGUGACCAGCACAAAUGAAGUAUCAGAAAAAUAUCGAAAGCUUCGGACACAUGCAGUCAAACUCACUGGAUGGGGCAUGCUGAGAGGAGCCCAGGGGCAGAAAGAAAAAUUUUGGAUUGCUGCCAAUUCCUGGGGACAUUCAUGGGGAGAGAACGGCUAUUUCAGGAUUCUUCGAGGAGUAAAUGAAUCUGACAUUGAAAAGUUGAUUAUCGCAGCUUGGGGCCAACUGACAAGUUCUGAUGAACCAUAACAUAUCAUUAAAUUUCCAUAGGCCAUGCAUUGAAAUAACCCCUUAAAUUGAAAUUAAGCAAUGGGAGGUUCUCUGUGACAGUGGGUUCUUUGCCUCUUCACCUUGUUAUUAUAAUCUGCCUCUUUCCUUGUUUUAUCCCAGGCUCUAUGCUUCUGUUUUCUUGACAUCCCUGAGUGCAUGGCAACCCUGAGCGAGGACAGCAGAGUAGCUAUAUG